AUCUGCCAGGUAGUUGGACAGAGCCCUUAGCUAAGCGUGGAUAGAAAAACCUCUGGAGACGCGCACUGCCUUUUCUCCCUUAUUCUCUCCACAGGCAUCUCAGAGAUGAUGAGUUACUACAUGGACACAACAAUAGGAAGUUCAGCUCCCUACUCAUUGGCCUGCCCAGUGAUGAUGAGACAGGGGGACGUCAAUCCUUAUGAAGAUCCAUGGAUGACCUGUGGGUUCCAGUCCACCUGCUACCAGCAGAGGGCGAUGUACCCACUCUGGGAUGAGACAGCCAUUCAGGAAGUCCCUACAGGGCUCGAGUGUCAUAGCACAGAUAUGGAAUGUGCGGAUGUGCCUUUGUUAACGCCAAGCAGCAAAGAAAUGAUGUCACAAGCAUUAAAAGCCACCUUCAGUGGCUUCGCGAAAGAACAACAACGAUUGGGAAUUCCCAAAGAUCCUCAGCAAUGGACAGAGACCCACGUACGAGACUGGGUGAUGUGGGCAGUGAAUGAGUUCAGUCUGAAAGGUGUGGACUUCCAGAAGUUCUGUAUGAAUGGAGCUGCCCUAUGUGCCUUAGGCAAGGACUGCUUCCUUGAGCUGGCUCCAGACUUUGUAGGAGAUAUUCUCUGGGAACAUCUGGAGAUCCUACAGAAAGAAGACAUAAAGCCAUAUCCAGCGAAUGGGACAAAUGCAGCUUUCCCAGAAUCCCGCUACACAUCAGACUACUUCAUUAGCUAUGGCAUUGAGCAUGCUCAGUGUGUCCCUCCAUCAGAAUUUUCUGAGCCCAGUUUUAUUACAGAGUCCUACCAGACCCUUCAUCCAAUCAGCUCUGAGGAGCUUCUGUCCCUCAAAUAUGAGAACGAGUACCCAUCAGUCAUCCAUCGCGACCCUGUGCAUGAAUCCUUGCCAACAGACUACUUCACAAUCAAGCAGGAAAUUGGGACACCGGAUAUGUGCAUGGCACGUGGUGGCCGAGGUAAACUUGGGGGCCAGGAUUCCUUUGAAAGCAUAGAGAGCUAUGACAGCUGUGAUCGGCUGACACAAUCCUGGAGUAGCCAGUCAUCUUUCCAGAGCCUCCAACGUGUCCCUUCUUAUGACAGCUUUGACUCUGAGGACUAUCCAGUUGCCUUACCCAACCACAAGCCCAAAGGCACCUUCAAGGACUAUGUUCGAGACCGGGCCGACAUGAACAAGGACAAACCUGUCAUUCCUGCUGCUGCUCUGGCUGGUUACACAGGUAGUGGACCCAUUCAACUAUGGCAAUUCUUGCUGGAGCUUCUGACAGACAAGUCCUGCCAGUCCUUCAUCAGCUGGACAGGGGAUGGCUGGGAAUUCAAGCUUUCUGAUCCUGAUGAGGUUGCAAGGAGAUGGGGCAAGAGGAAAAACAAGCCAAAAAUGAACUAUGAGAAGUUGAGUCGUGGAUUGCGUUACUACUACGACAAGAACAUCAUCCACAAGACUGCGGGAAAGCGCUACGUCUACCGUUUCGUGUGCGACCUGCAGAGCUUAUUGGGAUACACCCCCGAGGAGCUCCAUGCCAUGUUGGAUGUGAAGCCGGACGCCGAUGAAUGAACGGAACACGUAGUCUGGAACAGAAGUCCAUGCUGACGAUUCCCUGUGUCUUAUCUAGAAGUUCUGUUGGACUUGGUGACACCUCUUUUUCUUCCCGUGGGUCAUGAUUUUCCUUUAAAAAAAGAACAAGAAAGAAAGAAAUUCAAGUCUGCAUUGAUUGAGAAAAGAUGAGAAGUUAAGCUGAUUGAUGAAACUGUGCCAUAGUUUGGCUGGGAAGAAAAAAGAAAUUGAAAUGUCCUUUCAAGAUUUUUAUAUAGGGUUGACAUUUUUAAAAGCCGGAGGGGGGGGGACAGCUUAAAAGUCAACCAUCAUGUCACAGAUUAUUUAAUUAAUCCAUUCACCAUCUCCUUUCCAUCCCGUGUCACAAACUGACAAUCUAGGAGUUUCCAUAGCUCGCUCUCUUUUAGUAGAGGAUGGUCUUAAUCGGCAGGUUGUUCUAUUUUGUGGGGGAACCUUGUCACAAUAGCCAAGAACUGUGGUCCCAGAUAAUUUUGCAUUUCAGUAUAUUAUAUUUGGGUAUGUUUUCUUGUUUUGUUUUGUUAGAUAGGACCAAACCUUUUUCUAAUUUGUAAAAACAACAACAGAAGUUAUUUUGUUAAAUUUUGUGCCAGUAUUUUUUUUUAAAUAGUCUUAAGCUCUAAGGUGGUUUCAGUACUGCAAUAUUGUGUUUUGUUUUUGUUUUUUUAUUCUUAUGCCAGCACAGUUUUAAGUGAGGGGAAAGACAGUAUCUUCUAUAGACCCACCUGGAACAGACAGAUUGAAAAGAUCACUAGAAUAAAACUAGAGAUGGGAAGCAAGACUUGUGAAUGGCCAUUUCUCUUUAUAUGAAUGGACAUUUCUCUUUAUAUGAAUGGCCAUUUCUCUUUAACACUGGUCCUCCAGCAAGCACUUUACCUUCUUGUCUUGUCAGUAGAGCCAGCAGAUCUCCAUUGUGGCCAUUUGGGCAAUAUUUCAAACAAUAAUGCCAUUUUCACAUUAGGAAUUUAUGCCCAUUCCUUCUCAACCUUCUUAAGUAAUGACUCCUAUUUCUACAUUAAAAUUUAGCAGUUACCUUGAACACACCUGAUCCCUUCUGAUUUUGGAUCAAGGGUCAAGCUUGGUUAUUCUUUGGAGGGGAGACCUACUAGGAAUCAUAGAAAUCUCUUGGUAAGAUCAAGGAGGAAUUCUUCUUCACACCUUGGGUAGCUGCUGUCAGUCAGAUACCAGUAUAGAUGGGCCAGUAGUCUGAUGCUGUCUAGGGCAUCUUCCUUUUCUCCUUCCUUUUUUUGUAAUCUAGAAAUGGGGAACAUCUGGAGCUGCAGAUGUUUUUAGACUGUAAUGCCCAUUGUCCCUUAUACUUUGUAUGUUGACUAGGAUGACUGGGGACUUUCGAUCUGGACAACAUUGCCCAUGUUGUAGUGACAUUGUUGGAAUAGGACUCAAUAGAAUGUGGAUAUGAAAUUCACUGAGUGAUAUUAGUCUUAUGCUGAUACAAGUUGCCCUUCCCUAUUUUUUCAUGAACUAAACCAGUUAUCUUUUCUAUACUUAGUCAUUGUCAUUCCAGUUUAGAGGAAGAGGUGACUAUAUCCAGGUGACACAAACAUAAGGCAAAAGGCAUCACAUUUCUAGCCAGCAAUUAACAAGUCCCCACAGGCCAGUGGUGACUUCUUAAUUGCCUGUUGAAAUGACUUAAUAUUAUGCCUUUUGGUUUCUCCAUGCUUUCAUAAAGGAGCAGGAUCUCAACCAUUAUCUUGUUAAUACCCUAAAUUGGACAAAAUUACUUUUGAAGUCCCUUCCAAUCCUAUGAAUUUAUGAUCCCACUCUGAGGACUGGAAAAGAAGGCAGAGGUUGUGAUUUUCUCAAAGUUGUUGAAGUUGUUCAGGGAUUUGAAAUGAGAACACCAAACGUAAGUGCCUGACCUCAAAGUAUACAAUCCCAAAAUAACAAAAA